AUGUUACUGGUGUGUGACAGGUGGGUGCCUGCUUCCCUGCAGUUCACCAGGGACCUCUGCCUGUCCCAGUUCACCAGGGAGCGGUUCACCUGCUCCCUCUGCUUGCUACAUAGAGAGAAGGGGGAGCUGGACCCGAGUUCUGACCAAGUGCCCCUGGCGGAGGCCUCCCUGGCUCAGGUCCAAGGGGAGCUGGCAAGAAACCAGGAGAGGGGGGCUGGUCCCACCAGCGGGACCAGGUGGGGGCUGGCGGUGACAGAGCCAGCAACCAGUUCAGUUCUGCAGGAAGCACACAAGAGGAGUCUGUUUUUGUUUUGA